AUGAACGCAUUGGCGCCGAUUUGUGGUCAGUCUCCCUCGCGCAACGCACGCACCCAUCCACCCACAAUGCCGCGCGCCACUGCCACCGUAAACGGCAUCGAAGUUGCUAGCACCGACACCUGGGAGGUCGUCGACGGCAACAUCUACUUCCCACCCUCGUCUAUCACGAAAUCUGCCUUCACGCCCACCGCUACUUCCACGCACUGCCCCUACAAGGGCGACGCAUCGUACUACAGCAUCACGACCAACAAGACAGAAGUCAAGGACGCUGCAUGGUACUAUCCCAAUCCACUGCCCGAGUACCAGAAGAUCAAGGACCAUGUCGCCUUCUACAAGGGGAAGGCGGACGUGAAGGAAGAGUAG